CGGGACUAGUAUCGGCGAUAUUUUCCUACCGUGCGCGAUAUGGGCGAUUCCAAAGUAUAUUCAAAACUACGUACGUACGCCAGGUACAAAAUGCCUCCGAUUGUAAAGUUGAGGGUUAGCGAUCUGGGACCGUGACAACACGAAAACGGCGAAAAUGAUGCCAAGAAUUUUGCUCUCCUCAUCGAAAUCUUUCUUUAUUCCAUCCUCACAUAAUUUCGAUACAUAUUCGACAACAAAAGCUGCUUGCACCCAACUGUACACUAUUCAGAUUCAUUGUUACCCUGAUAACAAUUUUAUCAAGUUUCACGUCACUUCCCAUCGACAUCAAUCGCUCCAACAUUUAAUUCAAUCAUGACUAUCAACAAGUUGGUAUUGCUACACACUAUGGGUUCAUCUUCCGAUGCUCUUCGAUCAAAAAAAGUCUUGGCAGAGAGGAAGCAAAUGCUGAAGAAUGGGCUCGGGAACGAAGAACUGCUUCGAGGUCGGGCGCUAAGCAGAUUACCAAACAUUGAUUUGCAAAAUAGUAGUAGUAUCUCAGAUGAUGACGACGACAUCGAGAUCACAAACGCUCCAUCAUUCUCCUCUAUCUCGACAGCUGAAUCUAUCACAUCGGCACCUGAAAGCCGUCGUUUCCGUGGUCGGUCCUUGUCAUGUGUGGAAAGGAUAAGAAGACCGAGGAACACGGACUUUGCCGAUACAAUUUUCUCGGUUGGUAGUUCAGCGUCCGCCCCUGAGCUUUCGAUUGAAGAUGGAACAUAUGCCCUUCCUAGCGCCACAAUCAGCAAUCUGUUUCAAAAAUCAGCACCGACUACGAAUGGAAGAGGCGGAGCUCUGGUGAAGAAACUUAUCGAAGAGCAACAAGCCAAAGUAUGCCAUGACAAAGAAGACGAUUGCGAGAAAGAAGAGGCAGAGCAGGACCUAAGGGCCAUCUACCAAAGGUACCUGAGCGGAGAAAAGGAAUCCGUUCUCCGGUCGGGCUCUCAGUGGACGUCAGGAUAUGGAGAUAGAAGACGACAGCGUGCUCAUUUGCUGCGAAAGAAAAUUUCAAGAAAUGCAGCAGACGGGAAAAAUCCAGCUGAAGUCGGCGAAGAACUAACCGCAGUUGAAAGACGAAAUCGAAAAACACUCAUCCCUGUUGAAGAAAUGGCUACCGAUCACCAUUCGAAAAUAUUGAAGCAAAGAAGACGCGCUCGCUAUUCACUCUAACAAGCGCAAUUCCACGGCGAUGGUGUCUACAAAUCACUGUCCGAAAUUGGGAGUGAGGCCCAUGCGAACUGCAGGAUGUAUGAUCACCUUCAAACGAGUGCUUUUCCCGGGACCCAUCAAUAUUUUCUUUUUAGAUCAGACCAUUCAAGCCAACCGUGCGGCUCACUUGGUUUGACAAUGUUGGUUUCUCUCUUGGCCACAUUGGUCAUUCGUGUGACUUGAUAGCUUUGAGAUUACCGCGUCUGAAAGGAAAAAUAUUGUUGGAUUGAGUCACCUCCCACUGUCAUUAUUUUAUUAUUCAUUUUAGCUCGGUUGCGUGCAUGACAAGUGGUGUGGCAACUUCUCGGAAGCCAAUGUCGUUAGCCACACCUGUGCUUUUAGAUAGGUUUGAUAAUAGUU